UGAUCGAAAUUAUGUAAGUGUUGUGCAGAAGUUUUACUAAAAUGUCCGAGACAGUUAAAUUGAAAUAAACAUAUAGCAUGAUUUCAGUGCUGGCUUGUGUAUAUGUAUCAGGAAUUGCCGCAGGAUUUGUUAGAAAUUCACCAAGCAUCAUAGACGUUCAAAAGACAUCACAAGUUACUAAUGGAAAUACACAAAGCACAAGUCAUGUCGAGAAUUCAACGUCACCACCACUGCUAUCUAGUACAAUAGAGAAUGACGUCACAACUUUUAAAUCACACCGUCAGCCUUGUACCCCGGAAGAAAUUCAGCGUCAGGCAUGUCUAAACAAUGGGACCUGCUUUGUGUUGUUGAUAGAGGGGCGUUCUACACAUUGUCUAUGCCGAACGCAUUAUUAUGGAUCCAGAUGUUAUUUUUAUUAUCCGUUUUGUGAACCCAGGUGCUGCAAUGGCUGCGGUUAUUCUUCUUGAUGACUUUCUGUUAAUCAUCUGUAUUUUCUUGAGUCUUCUAGUGAAAGAAACAAUACAAGGACAAAACGAGCGCCACCUGCUUCACUUUCUCUUCAUGGAGAACCAGUACGAUCCUCUGGAAAGACCAGUCGCCAAUGAGACAAAGCCAAUCAUUGUAAAGUUUGGAAUUACACUGCAACAAAUAAUAGACAUUGAUGAAAAGAAUCAGAUUCUGUACUCCAACAUUUGGUUACAAAUGAAAUGGCAUGAUGUUAACUUGGUCUGGGAGCCGCGGGAAUUUGGUGGAAUACAGGAACUCAGAAUUCCGGCCAAAAAAGUAUGGAAGCCAGAUGUGCUGCUUUAUAACAGCGCGGACGAUGAUUUUGACGGAACUUACCACUCAAACAUCAUAGUAAAUAACAGAGGGGAAGUCAAAUGGAUUCCUCCAGGAAUGUUCAAGAGCACCUGUCAGAUCGACAUCGCUUGGUUUCCAUUUGAUGAGCAGAAAUGCGACCUCAAAUUUGGUUCCUGGACAUAUGAUGGCCGUUUUCUCGACCUCAUUUUUGACGGAUCUUCAAAUGGCGAUGCUUCUGACUUCAUAAGGAAUGGAGAGUGGGAUCUAUUAGGUGUUCCGGGGGUGAGGAACCAGAAGUCAUACGAGUGUUGUCCUGAGAUUUAUAUCGAUAUUACCUACACGAUCCAUGUUCAGCGCCGGACGCUGUAUUAUGGCUUUAAUAUCAUCAUACCCUGUGUCCUCAUCUCCUCCAUGUCUCUCCUCCUGUUUAUGUUACCACCCGACUCCGGCGAAAAAAUAUCUCUAGGAGUGACGAUUCUGUUGUCUCUUAUGGUAUUCCUGUUACUGGUAGCAGAGACGAUGCCACCCACUUCUGACGCUGUUCCUUUGAUUGGUAUAUACUUCUGCUGUAUCAUGAUCAUGUGUUCCAUGUCCAUGAUGUUCACAGUUAUCGUUCUUAAUUUUCAUUAUCGGGGACCAGAAACUCACAGUAUCCCUUCUUGGGUAAACGAAUGGAUCAACGGACGACUUGCCUGGCUACUAUUCAUGAAACGUCCAGGACAGCAAAAACACAAACACACCAACGAUACGAUAGAGAGGACGCGUCUCCAUGACAUCGUGGUCCAAGAACGACAAUCCAGGUGUCUGCUAUCGGGACUAGAAUUUGAAGAUGAAAUCCGAAUGGAAAACGGAGCUGUCCCCAAACCCGGAGAUUCACCAUUCCUAAGCACAAAAUCAGACCUUUUAUCGAUUUUAAGAGAACUGAGAAAAAUUACAACGAGGUGUAAGAGAGAGGAGGAAGAGGUGAUAGUGCGGGGGGAAUGGCGGUUCGCUGCCAUGGUGAUUGACCGCCUCUGUCUCUGGAUUUGUGUGACCUUUACUGUUAUAUCUACUUUAGCUGUUCUGUUUUCCGCCCCGAAUUUAGUGACAACGUAAAGAUAGUCUACUACAUUAAGGAGAACAAUAUGAAAAUUUUUUAACACACUCAUUUUUACUUUGUAUUUUCACAUUGUAUUUGAAACUUCCAUUGUGAAUAAAUGGUAAUAA